ACGGUGUCGGUUGCUGUCAACGAGCAUUAGUUCUUUGGUAGGAGCUCACCUACUAAUAUUUUCGUAGCAGCAUUCUUGCACACUUUUAUGGUAUUUAUUCAACUUUUUCCUUUGUGUUAUUAAUAUUCAUGAGAAUUUUAUUUCGGGUGAAAUUCGUUUUUUAUUAAGAAAAAAUCUAGAACAGUACAAUUUCCUUCAUGUCAGUUAUGGAGCAAAGUUAAAAGUAGUUUUUUAGUGUUGAGUGCAAAUGGUGAUAAUGCUGGGAAUCCCGAAGCAAAUUGAUUGGUAGGAGUUGAUCCAGUGUGACUCACAUGAGUAAUCAAGCUUAAUUAGAUGCCAAUAAAAUCCAUUUCAAUACCUUAAGCAAAUCUCAGCUCUGAUUCACCAGUAGCUUGCAUUUGAUAAAAGACCGAUCAACAUGCUAAAAACAAAAACACAACAACAAAAAAAUAUUCUCAAUACGAUUAUUUGUGUUCUACCUGAUAAUAGGCCAAUCACUUCUCUACAGUUAGUUGAAGAUUACGAAAAGUGUCCAAAAAACUUUCAAGUUAUAAAUAAAACCUAUGACCAAGAUCAGGAUGCUGAUCUGUGGCGAGAGAAUAUUUUGUUUGGGAAGAAAACAGCUCGCUAUUUAUGCCAAUCCAAGACGGAAGGACUGCCGGACUACAUACUUGAAACGCUAAGGGUAAUUGGUGACAAAGAAGCCUUACCAGAAGGAUUCUCCCAGCUUACCAGAACGGCUGACACUGAGCAAAAAGCCUGGCGCAAAAAACAGCUUGUUUAUCGACUGGCAAAGAAAGGUGUUGCCAAGCAGGCCAUUACUGAUAUCAUACUAUGCUCUAGAUUGCGACAGGCUCCCGAAGGGUUUACAUUAGCUGGUGACAUCAAUGGUAUAUUAAUUUGCUACAAAACAACAUUAAUAGCUCAUCGUGCACCACCAGGUGUGCCUUCAAGACAGAGUAUUUCGGAUCUCGAAAAAACCAUAGAAGAUUUGAAAAUUCAAGCCAGUCAGGAAAAAGCGCUUUAUCCGGUGCCAUCCGAAAUUCUCGAUCAUGAUUAUGAACAGUUACUGCCAUCAUAUCAAUUGUCACCGAAGCGGCCUGCCCCAAAACCGCCAGCUUAUUCCACAGGAACUCUAAAUAUUCACGCUGAAAUGGAAGAAGUGCCAUUUGUACUAAAUCCUGCUUUGUGCAGGUACUCUACUGAGAUCCCUCCCUUGCAUGUUGUCAGUGAUACCAAACUAGAGUACGAUUUUCAUCUGGAACGGCAAAUUCUCUGCACAACCAAGACAACGAAUGCUCAUAAUACUAACCCGUUCUUCCAUUAGCUAAUGGCUGUGCGUACACUUUGGCCAAGGAAUGUGAACGUUAGUAUGCUCAUCUAAUGUUUAAAAAAAGUAUUUUUGAAAUCCUGCCCACUUAAUCCGACGAACUUCCAUUCAUGUUGUCCCAAUCUGUAUGGUUAGAUUAUCAGUUUUUUGCUGCAAAUAGUAUGUAGUGAUCUGAAACUAUGCGUCUUCCGGUAAAGGGUAUAAUCUUGUUGUUAUCACUUAUACGAAAGGCGCAUAACAAUAAAAUAUAUCUGUUUUUCUAAGGGAGGUUAACAUUUGUUUAAAAAUAAAAGUAUCACUAAACUGAUAAAGCAAUCAGCAAGUAGUAGUAAUAGCGAUGUUAGACCUUAAUUUUCUUUGCAGACUGACUGUAUUAACUCGACACAGUAACCAUAAAGAAUUGAUAUACAGAUAGCGAAUAGGAUCUCAUAGAGUUGCCCGGUUCUCCAAAAAUAAAACUGAAUAAAAAUUAGAAAUUUCAGUUUCAUACUUAGUAUUGAAACCAAAUCGAACGUGUCCUUCGCUUUAUUCUUUAAUAAGUAGGUACUAAAAUAGCAUGAAUGUAUUUGGGGGAGGUACAGUGAUAGACAAGAACAAACUAUCUUUAUUUCAACCGAACAGAAGCAAACACAAGUAGGCUUUUGCUUCUAAUAUGCAGUCAGUUGGUUCUUUCAAUAAAUCAAAAUAAUAAAAAACUCAAAAAAAAAAAACUUAAAAAAUGUCAAUUGCUGGUUAAGGGUUUUUCCAUUAUUAGAGUUACCGUUUUGUAUUUUAAAAAUGGCAAUGCACCAACCUGGAACCAUUUACAUUGUUUGAGUGUGUUUUGAAUAUCCAGUUUGUUCAAUUCUAUUUCAACAAAUCUAGACAUGAUAGCAUGUCAACCUGUUUCGUUUUCAUUUUAUUCUUUUUAUCAAGCAUGUAUUAAUUGUUCUCUAUAAUAUAAUGAAGAGCUUCGAAGGUAACAGUUGGAACUGCUUAUACGUUGUUUUGUAUAACAUAUAAAUAUUCUGCAGCAGAAAUAUUCUACCUAGCUCUAGCCAUACCAUGAAAACAUUGAACAAUUGAGAAUAAAAAAAAAACGUUGAAGAUAGUAUACCCAUUUCAGUCGCCAAACACACAUAGGUACAUGCAUUUCUGUGUAACGAAACUAGCUGUGCAUACAUAUUUUGCGUUGGGAUCAACAUGUCAUUUUUCAAAAGAUUGAAAACAAAAUUAUCAGGUAUACUAAGGUGACGCCAACGUUGAUUAACGUGUAAACCAAACAGAAUCCCAGCAAUUGAGUAUUAGUCAUUAAUUGGUAGUUAAUGCAUUUCAUCGAUUUAUCAUCAAUUUACACUGUUUAUUUGUAUACUAUUAUAUUGGAUUUAUUAUAAGGUAUAUAUCAUAAAAUAUCUAUUGAAACAAAUGAAAAA